AUGGCGCCCCUCAUCAACCACCUUUACACGGCUGACCCUUCAGCCCACGUCUUCAACGGCAAGAUCUACAUCUACCCUUCCCACGACCGAGAGACCGAUAUCAAGUUCAACGACAAUGGCGACCAGUAUGACAUGGCCGACUACCACGUCUUCAGCACCUCGUCGCUUGACCCUCCUGAGCCCGUCGUCGACCACGGCGUCGUCUUGAAGACUGAGGACGUCCCCUGGGUCUCGAAGCAGCUCUGGGCCCCAGACGCUGCCUUCAAGGAUGGCAAAUACUACCUUUACUUCCCCGCUCGCGACAAGCAGGACAUCUUCCGCAUCGGUGUCGCUGUCUCGGACAAGCCUGAGGGCCCCUUCACCCCGGACCCGGAACCCAUCAAGGGCAGCUACAGCAUCGACCCCGCCAGCUUCGUCGACGACGACGGCCAGGGAUAUCUCUACUUUGGCGGCCUCUGGGGCGGCCAACUCCAGUGUUAUCAGAAGGGCAACGACGCCUUUGACGCCGAGUGGCUCGGCCCCAAGGAGCCCAGCGGCGAGGGCGCCUACGCCUUGGGCCCGCGCGUCGCCAAGCUUACCGACGACAUGCACCAGUUCGACGGCGAGGUCCAGGAGAUCCAGAUCAUCGACCCGGACACGAAGAAGCCUAUCGCGGCUGACGACCAUGACCGCCGCUUUUUUGAGGCCGCCUGGCUGCACAAGAAGGACGGCCUGUACUACUUCUCCUACUCGACCGGCGACACCCACUACAUCUGCUAUGCAACCAGCGACAGCCCGCUGGGUCCGUUUACCUACGGCGGACGCAUCCUCGAGCCAGUAUUGGGCUGGACGACGCAUCACUCCAUCGUCGAGUUCAAGGGUCAAUGGUGGCUCUUCCACCACGACUGCGAGCUGAGCAACGGCGUGGACCACCUGCGGUCUGUCAAGGUCAAGGAGAUAUUCUACGACGCGGCCGGUAAGAUUACAACGGAAAAGCCGCAGUGA